UCGUCAUGUUCCUCAUUGGUCACUGCUAACAGCUGCCUUACUUUUGAGAGCAGUGAAGUUUGCAAUUCUAGCAGUUCGACAAUAGUGCUGCAGACUGACAGUACGUUCUCCUCAAGAAAUGGAAAUGGACGUAAUGGUCAUACUCUUGAGCCUUGUAGCUCUAGUGAUUCUUUAUUUCUAUCUGACGAGAAACUUCAAAUAUUGGCAGAAACGUGGCGUACCAUGCGCGAGUGGCGCUGUGCCUGGCUUGGGUCACAUGUGGGACGUCGUACGUAUGAAGAUAAAUUUUUCAGAAUUUAGUAAUAAGAUUUAUAACGACAAUCGGAAUCACAGUAUGGUGGGCUUUUAUAACUUCAUGACACCAUCCUUGUUCGUUCUUGAGCCGGAGUUAGUGAAGACUGUGCUGCAGACGAAUUUUACGAAUUUCCAUGAGAAUGGCCUCAAGAUCAAUCCCGAUUUGGAUCCGCUCCUGGCGAACAAUCCUUUCUUCAACUACGGUGAAAAAUGGACGAUCGGGAGGAAGCGUCUGACCUACGCGUUCUCCAGCAUGCGGCUGAAAAUCCUGCUGGAAAGUGUCAAACAGGUGUGUGAGAAAUUCGAGAACUAUGUGGAUAAGAAACUGGAUAAAACCGGAAGAGCGGAGUUAGAGUUAAAGGAGUUGUUCGCCAGAUUUACCUCGCAAGUGGUAGCCGGCGCUGGAUUCGGCGUAGACGGAAUGUCCUUCGACGACGAGAAAGAAAAAGAAUCUUUCUACACAAUGGGCAAGUCAUUUCUCGAGGGGUCCACCUUGAACAAUCUUAUCUACACUUUUGUAUUGUUUAUACCGUCGUUGAGUAAAAUGUUGAGAAUGAGAUUAAUACCGAAGAAAAUCGAUCAUUUCUUUAGAACACUGGUCGUAGACAUAAUGGAACAAAGGAGAAGGGAGACAACACGUAGAAAUGACUUCCUUCAGUUAAUGGUCGAUCUGGAAAAGACGGAAGAUGAUAAGUUUGAUUCGACCGUCCUCGCAUCUCACGCAAUGUCAUUCUUCGUCGAUGGCAAUGAAACGUCCAACACUACUUUGAGCUUUAUUGGCUACAAUUUAGCUACCAAUCCUAAAGUGCAAGAAAAAUUGCGCGAGGAAGUGAUAUCUGUGCUUAACAAGUAUGAUGGCGUUAUUACCUAUGAAGCCUUGAGGGAGAUGACGUAUAUGGAUCAAGUGAUAAGCGAAUCACAAAGAAUCACACCUGCACUGGGAUUUUUGAGGAAGAUAUGUACGGAAGACAUCGAGAUAAAAGGAUCUGAUGGAGUCAUUUGUCGCGUAGAACGUGGAACGCCAGUUCUGAUAUCCACCCAAGCGCUGGCGAAAGAUCCUCGAUACUGGGAAAAUCCCGAAGAGUUCGAUCCCGACAGAUUCGGUCCGGACAGAAAGAACAGUAUUGAGAGAUUCGCCUUUCUUCCAUUCGGUGAGGGACCGCGUAUCUGCGUGGGAAUGAGAAUGGCUCUACUGCAGAUAAAAGCGUGUUUAGCUGCAUUCCUGAGAAAAUAUAGUCUAGAGCUUUCUCCGAAGACGCAGUUACCAUUAAAAUAUAAUUCGGUUUUAUUAAACAUUGUGGAAGAUGGUAUUUGGGGCAUUAUUCGACCGUUGUAAUCACGAGAAUUUAUUUAAGUUCUAAUUUUUUUUUAAGCUCUCUUUCUUUACUUCGACUUUUUUUUUAUAAUCAUACGUAUUCUUGUAAUGUUCUUGUAAUGUUUUGUAGAAUUAAUAGUUUAAUAAUAUCUUUUGAAUCAUUUUUUGUGACUA